AUCAGAUUCCUCCCUCUCUCUACAGUUCUAAAAUUUCUAAUCCCUCUUUUCAAUUAAAUCCCAUUUUCCUAAAAAUUUUCUAAAAAAUUUAGGAAUCAGACAAUUUUCUUUUUAAUAUAAUUUUUUAUAUUUCAUUUUAUUUCUUUGCAUGAACUCCAAAUCCACUCAAAGUCUCAAAUCCCCAAACCAAAAAAAAAAAAUAAAAUCUUACCCUCUCUUUUUCUUCAAAGAUUGUAACUUUCCUUUACUUUCCCACUGAAAAUUUUUUCAUUUUUCCCAGAAAAAGAGAAGAAAAAUGAGGUGGGAAAAGGUUCAGCUUUACCAACAAGAAGUUGGAGGUGUGGGAGGAGCAUGUCCAGGGCCAGGCAAAAGAUGGGGACAUACAUGUAACUCCAUUAAAGGAGGCGGACUUCUCUAUGUUUUUGGUGGUUAUGGCAAAGAUAACUGUCAAACCAAUCAAGUUCAUGUCUUUGACACUGCUAAGCAGACAUGGAGCCAACCGGUAAUGAAAGGCACACCGCCAACUCCAAGAGACAGCCAUAGUUGUACUACUGUUGGUGACAAUCUAUUUGUUUUUGGUGGUACUGAUGGGAUGAACCCUCUCAAGGAUCUACAUAUAUUAGAAACUGCCACGCAUACAUGGAUUUGUCCAAGUGUAAGAGGUGAAGGGCCAGAGCCACGUGAGGGUCACAGUGCAGCUCUUGUUGGUAAACGGCUCUUCAUAUUUGGUGGUUGCGGAAAAUCUUCUGAUAACAAUGAUGAAAUAUAUUACAAUGAUCUGUAUAUUUUAAAUACAGAGACCUUUGUCUGGAAACAUGCAGCAACAUCAGGAAACCCACCAUCUGCCCGUGACAGCCAUACUUGCUCAUCUUGGAAGAAUAAAAUUAUUGUGAUUGGUGGCGAAGAUGGGCAUGAUUACUAUUUGUCUGAUGUCCAUAUCCUUGAUGCAGAUACUCUUGCAUGGAAAGAGUUGAAUACCUCGGGUCAGAUGUUGCCACCUCGUGCUGGCCACUCCACUGUUGCUUUUGGCAAGAACCUAUUUGUUUUUGGGGGAUUUACAGAUGCUCAAAAUCUUUAUGACGAUCUCUACAUGCUUGAUGUUGAUAUGGGCAUGUGGACCAGGGUGAUAACUAUAGGUGAUGGCCCGUCUGCUAGAUUUUCUGUUGCAGGGGAUUGUUUGGAUCCCCUGAAGAGUGGUGUUCUUGUGUUCAUUGGUGGCUGCAAUAAGACUCUUGAAGCACUGGGUGACAUGUAUUACUUGUACACAGGACUUGUACGGGAUGAAAGGAAGCUAGAGAAAUUAUCCCUGCGAAAGCAGUUGAAGCUAAAGUGUCAGGAGAAAAAUCUUAGUAAUCUUUUACAUGAUAAAGCUCUUGUUGGAAUUGAAGUCAGCAAUGAUAUGCAGCAACCUGUUCCUUUAUCUAGCUAUGCUCAACCAAGAAGAGAGAAUUUUCCAUUAAACCAAAUCCUACUUCAAGGAAAGAAGACAUUUCAAGCUAAGGUUACUGAGAGCUUUCCAAAUGGAUAUUCCAUUGAGACUGUUAUAGAAGGGAAGCCUCUUCGAGGAAUACUUUUUGCAAACAAGCCGAGCUCUGUCCAUGUAGCUAAUUAUAAUCCCAGCAGAAAAAGGACUUCUGUUGAAGUUAGGGAUACUGCAUCAAAUGGUGAUUGCAAUAGUAAAUCAAGAUCUUCAAGAAGUAUGAGCCAGGAUUGUGGAGAUCAUAAACAAGCUGAUGUUCGGGAGAAGGAUUCUUCAUUGCAUGAGACAGAAGCUCCCGCUCCAAGUUCAAGGAAUCUGGCACCUUCUGGUCUUUCAACCGAUAAGGACCCCGUAAAACAAGAACCAUCUGUAGCUCCUUUGAAUUUAAACAAUGAUAAGACAUGUGAUGCACCAAACUCUGGCCGUGAAACUCUGAAAGGGAUUGGAUCCACGAGGGCUGGUUACUCUGUGAGCUUAUCUCCAAAGCAAGAUGAUAUCACCCAAAUUGAUGAUGACCAAGGAAUGAAUCACUCGCUCAAAGGCCUGAACAGUCAGUGUGAUAUCAGUGACAACAUGCUUCAUGUAGAAGGGCAGUUACAUCCACUGCAAAUAUCAACAGAAAGCAAUGCAUACAAGGAUAUUUUAUUUGAAAAAGUAUCAGCUGCUGGCAGUUCAAGAUUGGGUGAAAAAGGUCCAGAAUGUAUAACCAAUGCUGACCAAACGACAUUUGGGGCAUCUGUUUCUCAAGCUAACUUAGUCAAGUUAGCUGUACCUACCGAACAGGCUCUAGGCACUAGUUUGGAGAACUCAAAUGCUUCUGAUCAACUUGCCAAAGGUGGCAGUCCAUUCAGACUUCUACAAGGCUAUGCUUCUGAUGACAACUCAGCAAAAGAUGUUGAGACUGGCAUUGAAAAUACAAAUGUUUCAUUUGGUGCUAAGUUGGGUGGAGAUGCCGGGUCUAGUUUGGAGAAUCCUAGCAGUUCCAGCCAGAUUGGAAAGGGCUUUGGACCACUCUCUUUAUCAAGCAUGCCAUGUGCCGUUGUGAGUUCAGAAGUGGUUGAAGACACUAUCACAACCUCUAUAAUAAAUGGGAAUGAACAUGCUGGUAAUAAGCAUGUACAUCAAGUAUAUGCAAAUCAUGCUGCUUCUGGGGAGGUUCUCCAUAAGGAAAAUGUAAUCGUUGGUGCUAGUGUUGACAGUGUUAAGUUUAGCAAGGAACAUAGGCAAGAGGAAGAAAAUGUGACUCUUGGUUCUCAACAUAAAGUAGAUAAGUUUGGGCGAUUGGUCAGGAAUGGUGCAAGUGAUAGUGACUCUGAUGAUUUACACUACACUGGGAGGCGUAGAAGGGGAAGAACUCGAAGCAGAAGUCGGAGCCAUUCACCUCCAGAUAGAAGGAAAAGGAGAAGCCCAUGGAGAAGAAGGGAGAAACGAAGCCUAUCUCGCAGCUGGUCUCCAAGAAACCGGAGAAGCAGGAGCAGGUCUCCUAAAAAUCGGAGAAGCAGGAGCAGGUCUCCUAGAAAUUGGAGAAGCAGGAGCAGGUCUCCCAGAAAUCGAAGAAGCAGGAGUAGGUCUCCCAAUUUUCGGCGUGCAGAUGAGUUCAGUGGUGAGAAUAAGAGACGAGUGAAGGGACAGAUGCCAUUCUGUUUUGACUUCCGUCGUGGCAGGUGCUACCGUGGAGUGUCUUGUCGUUAUCUGCACCAUGAUUCUGGCAAUAGUGACGAAUCAAGGCGGCAAAGGAGCAAACAGUAUCUGGAGUUUCCUCAUAGUUCUAGGACUAAUGUUCAUGACCAGAAAAAGCGGAUCUCUGAGAAAGUAGAUGAUCAUGAGCAUGGUGAAGUGAGGGGCCCAGAAGUGAAACCGUAUGGUGAUUUUGUCACUUCAAGAGAUAGGAAUACUAAUCAGAAAAGAGAUUAUUCUAUUGGUGGAGGUGUUCAUAAUCAAGAUGGUCAAUCAACUGAGUAUUGCAUGGUUAAAUCUGUGAAAUCUAGAGACAUUCCGACCUCUGCAUCUGAAGCGCACUUGGUAGAAAACAAACAGGAAGGGCCUAAUCUCGUCUCUAAUGAGAAUUGUCAAGAAGCAGCGGCAGAAUCUCACCAUCCAUCAAAUGUUGAUGCCUCAUCAGUAGGCGAUAUUGAUGUACUGAAGUCAUGUGGUAAUGCUUCUCAGAAAAUACUUACUUCUUUCAAAAAGUCUGUUGACCAGAAAUCUCUAUCCAGUCCUUUAAAUCCAGUGUGUCAAAAUGCUGAUUGCCUGCCUCAACAAUCAGAUAACUCAUCUCUAUCUGAUUCUUCUCUGCAUAAAGCAUCUACAUCCUCACCAAAUAGUCUUCGAGCGAGCAAUGCUCAUCCAAAUACAGCGGAGCUUCAUAACCAUCCUUCUCAUAUAGCCUCCCCUUCUCUCCCACACUCACACGGUAUAGAUAAUCCAUAUAUGAAACAGCAGCAGACUGCUUCUUCUAUGUUUCAAUCUUCUUCGGAAAGCUUUCCUUCUUACAUGUUACCCAACCAACAGUCUUACUUUUCUCUACAGCCACAUUCCUCUGUGACUUCCUUGCCUCCACCGCCACCUUUGCCAUCACUUGAUUCAACUGUAACUCCUGGUGUUUCUUCACAUUUUUGGCAUAGUGAUUUGCCUCUGAGGAAUGAUUUUGGUUCCCAGAUUAUGCCAAGACCUUAUCCAACUGAAUUGCCUGCACAUUCCAAGUCUGAUGGGUUUCACCAGAGAGCUUAUCUUCCAAUUCAGGAAGCAAAUCGCCCUUUCUUGCAUGUUUCUUUGCCUGUGUGUAACCUGCCUAUGCAACAAUUUGGAGCUCCAAGUAUGUCAGGAGAUGAUGGUUUAGCACAACCUCCAGUGCAGAAUGUUAUUGCUUCAAAUUCCUUUGCUCAGGGCAACACUCACCCUCAUACUAUGCCCUUUUCACAACAGUUGCUGGGAAACAAAAUGAUACCAUUUCCCAGUGAGAGUUUGCCACCAGGUGGACUUUCUAACUCAUCUUCAUAUAUUCAUCCUUAUUCACAGCAGCAACAACCACCAGACAGUUCACACUGCCCUGUGGUUGACCGUAUUUAUAAUCUUCAUGGGAAGAUGAAUUCGUCAUUAAAAGACCCACCGACAUCCCAGCAUGUAGAUAUUGGAGGAUCAACUAGUUCAACUUUUCCUAAUCCAUAUGCAUCUAUUCUUGACCAGCCAAUAAAUUCCAAAUACAGUUCUGAUAUUAUGCAUGAAAAAGAUACAACCUACAAUAAAACACCUUUGAUUUUGACUCAUCCUCCAGUUGAUGGGAGAGUUAUUGGUUCACAACAGGCAACUUCCUCAUCCAUUUCUGCCAGGGACAUUGGGCUGAAUUUUCCUAGAUCAGGUGGUGACCAAUAUGAUCCGCUCUUUGAUAGCAUUGAGCCAUCUACAAGGUUAUCCAGAAAUUUUGAUUAUAUUCAAAAGUUGGAAGUGACAGGUGACUCUGACAUCUUAUUGGUACUUAGUGGUUCCAACAAACCAUUGGAUGUAGAGGAAAACAAUAAGAGGAAAGAUGCUGGAGCCGUUGCUUCUGCAGCAUCUGCAGAUAAUGAGGAAUUUGGUGAGACUGCCGAUGCUGAAGUUGGUGCUGUUGAGAAUGGAAGCCCAAGUAAUCCAGUUGAAGUUAACAUGGCUGCUGGUGAGAUUGAGAUUGAUCAGAAAAAGUCUCCAGGGAAGAGCAAGAAGAGCAAAGAUUCCAGAUCAAUGAAGCUUUUCAGGGUUGCCCUUGCAGAUUUUGUAAAGGAGGUUUUGAAGCCAUCAUGGCAACAGGGUAAUAUGAGCAAGGAGGCUUUUAAGACUAUUGUCAAGAAGACUGUUGAUAAAGUAUCAGGAGCUAUGAAGAGCCACCAGAUACCCAAAUCUCGUGCGAAGAUUGAUCAAUACAUUGAGUCAUCUCGGCUGAAAUUGACGAAACUUGUGAUGGGUUAUGUCGAUAAGUAUGUCAAAGUGUAAGAUGGUGUCUAUUUUGAUCCCAGGCAUUUUCGCUGGUAAAAAUUUUGAUUAGACACUCGAGUUUCUUUCCUGCCCUUGAGGUUGAGGACCAUAUUCCUGUGCCAUUGAAGCUUUGAAAAGCACCAAUUCUUUUCAUUGCAGUGUUUUGAGAAAGGGUGAGAAAUCAUGAGUUGUUCAUGGUAGAAAGCUGGUUUGUAUAGUUUGUAAUGUUAGCAUAAAGGAAAAGUUAAGGUUAUGAAAAGGUGAUCAAGACGAGAUUGUUGAUCUGUUCCAGCAAAAUUCUAAGAUUCUGAAAUGUGUAUGUAAUCUUCACAUGAAUAUGAUGUAUUUCUUUCUUUUGGUAAAAAAUAGUGAAGUUUGUGUUCCAAAAAAAAGUUAAAUUUCUAUAAUAUUUUGUUUGUAUAUUAUUCCUCACAAUUAUGCAUUUUUUGAUUAAUUCAAGCGUUAGCAAAGGCAGUAUAUAUGUUGUUUC